AGGUAAUGUACGUUUCGAAACUAUAACCCAGAACCCUUGAUAGCAUGUGAUAUUCCGGUGUCCCUUAACACGUGAUAAAGAAUAUUGCACGUGUAGAUUAGUGCGCGGCGCGAAGCAACAUGCACGUGCUGCUACCAGAACACACGGUUGACAAGGUGACUGACGAGUUAGGCGUCUCUCUCGCUGACAUGACCUGUGUUGAGAGACUUUGUGAAGACGCUACCUUCAACCUCAAUAAACUCGUCAGCACGGCACGAACAUUACAGCGAGUAGAGCACAGUCCCGACCUAUUAAAGAGACACCUUGUUGAGGCUGCUGAGCUGCUGAACAUGCCUCUAUCUCCAUCCAUUGCUGAGAUGGAACUAGACCUAAACACCACCUCCUCCCACGAGACCCUCUACUUCAGACCUACUUCAGAGGUGGAUCUCUACGAUUUAACUCACGGGGUCACCACAGAGCGGACCUCACCUCCUCUAGCUCUGGAGGUCACUUUAACGUCAGAACACAGUCCUCUGGAGACUAAAUCUGGAGACCCUAGGUCUCUCCCACCUACUGUAUACAGGUACCUCACAACCCUGUGUUCCCACAUAUCCUCCAAAGAUAAUGACCUAAGAGAAGAGGCGCUCUCAGAGAUCAGAUCCAGCAAGAGACUCAGUCUGGUGCUCCCUUAUCUCCUCCAGUUCAUAGACCUCAGACUCAGGGAUAACGUUCUGCUCUCAGGCAAUAUUAUACAGCUGCUGAUAGCGUACAAGUGUAUUCUGAUGAAUGAUAUAAUCUACCUGGACCCCUUUAUUCCCACUCUGCUGGACGAGUGUUACUCUAUGUGUUGUGACUGGACAGAUAGCAGAGAGUCUGCUAGCAAUACUACAGGAAUAAUAGAGCACAGCUCGGACGUGACCGCCUACAUAAUCCUGCGGUUCGAGGACCGCAACACGCGGUACUACGAGAAAUACACGCGGUUUUGUGCAGAGACUAUUGAGAGUGAUGAGCUAUCUCUCAGUGCCCUUGGCAGUCUUACAUUGCUUUCCAAGUUAGGACCACAGAGUGUAAACGAGAAGAUAAUCCCCCUCAUAUUUGGGAUAUACCGUGACAUAUUCAACGAAUCAGAGAACUUUACCGUGGAUCACACGGCUAUACACAUCAGGAGAACCCUCAAACUUUCUCUCUUCUCUUUUUACAACGCAAUUUACAAAGCGAUGCAUAUAACGAAGUUAAACCAACUAGUUGCCUCCUACAACGCAAACCACAGCCCAUUCCAACUGCAACAGAAAGACCAGGAAACUGAAACACAAACAGACACUGACCGACAGAGGAAUAAACAGGCGAAUGAGCAGGCAAGUUUAGAUCUCCUUUCAUACCAAGACAUUGCAGAGAAGCUGGAAGAAAGUGUUACUAUGAUAGGGCCAACGUGGCCCUCUAUGGCCAAACAUCCGCCUCUUCUCGCUAAGAAGCAGACUAAAGAGAUCAGCAAGCAGUUGCGGAAGAAUUUCGCAAUGUUUGAGACUUUGAAGGGGAAGAUGUUACCGGCGGAGAGGAAAACUUUUGUAAGGAAGAAAACUGAUAAACAAGUUAAAUCCAACCAGAUUUAUAAUUUGUAUAAUAAUCUUUCACCGUUGCAAUACUUUUUAUGAUUAUUUGAGAAUGUAUUUAUAGUAGAGUCAAAAAAUAAGAGAGUGAAAUCAGUAAGGUGAGACUCCAAACAACGAGUAAAUGUUAGGAAGUAAAUUAAAUUUCGUUCUCAUUUUUAUUUGACUUUACUUUAACAUGUAAUUAUUAACUAUUCAAUGGAGACUGUUGCCGGCAGGUAUUUCAUAAGUUUUAUCUGAUAGUUUGGCUAACGGCUUUUCUCUAAAUAUUUGAAUGCUUUCAAUAUCAAUGAAUAUUGCAGAUUGCUUAAAUUAUUGAAUGUAUUAUUCUGUUUUAUUAUUCAUCAUUUGUUUUAUCUUGUAUAUCAUGUUCAUUAUAUAUGUAUGUGCAGUAGUUAAUAGAUUUUUUUGCCGAUUGCGGUUAAAAAGACUAUGAAAUCAGAAACUUUAUUUCAGUUCCCAAAACUUCUCGAAUAUCUUCAACAUUUGAAAAUGAAAGUUAAAAUGUUGCUGCUUUAAACCAAAAACACAAGAAAUUAUAAAAUGUCUGAAAACGUUUUUACCAUAGCUCCA